AUGGCACACAUGGACACCUCGUUCGAGCAUAGCGCUCUCCUUCGCCGCCUCGAGCAGGCCCGCGAUGCGAUCGCAAGUCGACUUCCUCACCGCCGGCGCUCGAAGAUCUCCCAGUCUUCCGCCGAGAUCUUGGCGAGAUACCAGGCAGAGCUCGACAAGGCGUUCAGGCUGAGGCGGCACGUGUACGGGAGGAUGUAUCCGCGUCUCAGGCAGGGCGAUGCGUCCCUCCUCGUCGACGCGAUCACCGUCUGGGAACGCCACUACAACGUAGACAGAAUCACGCACCUCGUCGAUCCCCUCUUCUACUCGGACGACGACCGGGUGCUCCUCGCCAAUGAUGGGACCAUUGUCGGUCUCUUCGACGCCCUGGUCGAGUUCAUCUACCACUCGCAAGCCGACGAAGAGACCGUGCAGCGCUGUCGAACAAUACGCUCUGCCUGGGCAUCGUCCGGGCAAGACUACUGCGACUUCUGGCGCCGCAUCCCCGAAUAUGAGCGCAAGAUGGCGCUCAGUGCGACGCUCCUCCUGGCUGAAAGCCUUCAGGAAGAGAGGAGACUCGAGCCGUUUUUUCUCCGGACGCUCGAAAGGAUGGCAAAGGUCUACGGAGACAAGCAGCCUCGUUCUCAGCAGGCAGACCCAGAUCGUCUUCGCCACGAACUGGAAGAGCUCGAGGGUUUGCAGGCCCAUGUCGCAGCUCGUCGCCGAUCGCUCGAGAACGCUCGACAGGCGCUGCACCAGUCGUCAGCCAACGAGCACUCGCUUUCUCACCCGCUCCUCAACCAGCCGCUCUUGACUCGCAAGGCGCGGAUCUACGGGAUGGUCUGA